UUCGCCAGUUUAUAGACAGUCACUGAGGCGUCUAAAACAAGACAAGCUAAUUACUGUAGAACGAUUUUUUAAAAUCAAAAAGUAAACAUGCAGUCCGUACUAGCUCUUCUGCUCAUCGGGAUCCAACUCGUUUAUGCUGGAAAACAUUCCCUGCAAUACUUCUAUACAGCAACAUCAGGUUUACCAAAUUUUCCACAGUUUGUGACAGUUGGGAUUGUAGAUGGACAGCCUUUCACAUACUAUGACAGUAACAUUCGCAGAGAGACUCCCAGACAAGAGUGGAUGGCUAAAUCUGAAGGAGAAGAGUACUGGGAGGGGGAAACUCAGAAGACCAUUGGGACAGAACAAAGCUUCGUGAACAACAUCAAUGUUGCCAAAGAUCGCUUUAAUCAGACUGGAGGUGUUCACACGUUCCAGUUCAUGUACGGCUGUGAGCUGGAUGGUGAUGGCACCAAACGAGGAUACUGGCAGAUUGGUUAUGAUGGAGAGGACUUCAUCAGUCUGGAUAAGAGCACCCGCACCUUCACUGCUGCUAAUCCUCAAGCUAUGACUACCAAGGUUAAAUGGGAUUCCACUGGAGCAUUAGCAAAUUCUCAAUCUAAUUACCUGGAGAACAUAUGCAUUGAGUGGCUGCAGAAGUAUGUGGGUUAUGGCAAGAGCACUCUGGAGAGAAAAGUCUCUCCUCAGGUGUCUCUGCUGCAGAAGUCUCCCUCGUCUUCAGUCUCGUGUCAUGCUACAGGUUUUUACCCCAGUGGAGUAACUAUCUCCUGGCAAAGGGAGGGGCAAGAACAUGAUGAGGAUGUGGAUCUGGGUGAACUUAUUAUCAAUGAGGACGGCACCUUUCAGAGAGUGAGCACCCUCAAUGUUAAACCUGAAGAGUGGAAGAAGAAUGAGUACAAAUGUGUGGUGGAGCAUCAGGGCAAAACCAUUAGAGAGAUUCUGACAGAGGACAAGAUCAAAACUAACCACGCUUCUGUCCCCAUCGGGAUCAUUGUUGGUGUUGUUGCUGUUGUCCUCCUGCUGGUGAUCAUUGCUGUUGCUGGGUUUAUGGUGUAUCAGAAAAAGAAAGGCUUCAAACCUGUUGCGUCUGAUGAUGGCUCUAACAGCUCAACUCAUUCUAAUCAAAACCAUAAAGAUGAGACCAGAUGAGCGUCGAGAGAUGAAGUUAAAAAAGAUGCCUAUUCUGCUGUCCAUCUUGCUUACAACACACACACACACACACACACACACACACACACUUUCUCUCUCUCUCACACACACACAGGAUCAUAUAUUUCAGUGAUGGGAUUGAUCUAUAUUAUGGUUCUACAUUAAUUACAUCUGCAAAGUAAAGUUUUUGUUUCAUCACAUUUUAUGUUCAUUUUUGGUUUUCAUUAAUUGUAGGAACUUGUUCAUUUUAAGAUGGCAUGUUGAUCUCAGAUUUUAAUUGUAAAAUGUAUAUAUUUCUCUUUGGUGACAAAAGUAACCAAGAAUACGAAUAAUUGAUUUGCAAGUUUGAUUCAUUUGUAGGAUUUGUGAUAUUACUGAUUGUGAAAAAAAAAAGAGAAACUUGUGAAAAUAAACACUAGAAAGUGUUUAUAGUCAGUUUAAGCUCUUGAGUAAGACCAGUCUAUAUCUCAGUCUAAGAAAAUCACUCUCUGUAAGUGUGUGAUGUUUCUAGAGAGACUAUUUAUGUGGGAGAUGGAAUAUGAAAUAAAUCAGGGGAAUGCUAUCAAAUUCUUUAUCUACUGCAAAACUUAAAAUAACUUUAAUUUUGGAUGAAUUUUGGAAUUGAGCUACUCCAUCAAUAAAAUUAAACAAUA